UCCCCAUCUCGCAGAAAAUCACCAAAUCUUCGUCCGCACAAAUCCAUCUCGAAUCCUCCUGCUUCCGGCGAGCUCCAAGUCUUCGCAGCAUCAGCCAUGUCGGGCCGCGGCAAGGGAGGCAAGGGCCUGGGCAAGGGCGGCGCGAAGCGCCACCGGAAGGUGCUCCGCGACAACAUCCAGGGCAUCACGAAGCCGGCGAUCCGGAGGUUGGCGAGGAGGGGUGGCGUGAAGCGCAUCUCCGGCCUGAUCUACGAGGAGACUCGCGGCGUGCUCAAGAUCUUCCUCGAGAACGUCAUCCGCGACGCCGUUACCUACACGGAGCACGCCCGCCGCAAGACCGUCACCGCCAUGGACGUCGUCUACGCGCUCAAGCGCCAGGGCCGCACACUCUACGGCUUCGGCGGCUGAGCCUUGACCCCGUCCGCGUCCUGCAGGCUCGAGCUAGGGUUUCUGAUGGAUUUAGGGGAGUUGCUGUGUUGGGUUCUGUCCUGUGUCUAGCUGCGUUGUGGUGUUAACUUAAUAGGUGUUUAUGGUUGUAAUGGAGAAUUGGAAGCCUAUCAAUUGAAUGAAUGGAUGUUCGUAGGUAUAAUUUGGUGUUC